AAAAAACAAAACAUAAAAUAGAAAGAAAGAAAAAGAAACUAGAAAAUAAGCACUGAGGCGAAUUGAUAUCAGAAUUACAGUAUUUGGUUUGAUUAAAGAAUGUCGAACCAUUCAGCUCCAUUGUUAUCUAGGGAGCAGUUAGAUCCCAUGGAUCAAGACUUGAACCAAAACUCAUUAACUUCUUCAAGAAAAAGAAGAUUACGUCGUUGUAGAAGCGCUCCUCGUGGUGAUUGUAUGUACAAUAAUGAUGAAGAUGUCAAACCGACGAACCACCCUCCUCAUCGGAGUAUAAUCCCAAUGUUCAGGGAUCUAAACCCGAAUCUCAAGGAAGUGAUCAUGUUCUUUGUUUUAUACCUAACCAUUGGUACACUCUGUUUCUGAUAAGAUCAUAACCAGAUUAAACCAGUGUCAAUUUAGCCAAAGAGGAUAUAGAGAAGUGGCCUAGUGGCGUAGUGGCGUAGUGGUCUCCCACUUACUUGUUCAAUACGUUAGUUGGCAGUUAUGUGGUUAUUGUGUCCGUGUAUUAAAGAAACGUGAGUCUUAGUGAAUGAGAUAAAGAGAAAAUUGCAGUAAGCUUUUGUGUUUUUGUUUUUAAGUCUUUGAGACCUAUCAUUUGGUAUCAGAGCAAAAUCUCUUAGCUUUGAAGAGGGACCUUAAUUGGCAUCAAAGCAAAUUUUGGUUUUGAUCCGGACCACACUUGUGGUAUCAAAUCCAUACUUUACAAACCAUGAAUGAAGAGUGUUAUGCUCUUUUUCGUGAGCCAUCAAUGGUGGUUUUGCUAGCAGCCAUGGAGAAGGAGUUUGUUGCUUUUCGUGAUGAGCUCAAGAAGAUGGCACAAUAUUGGGAGGAUCAGGCAGCUAGUUGGAGUAAGAAGAUGAGGACGUGGAAGAUGGAGAGGGAGACGGCAAAGACGGUAAGAAGGGUGAAGAGAUCAACCCAACCGGCUAAACAAAUUGUGGAGGUAGCAAGGGAUACGCAGGUUCGUGAGGAAUCUCGUCGACAUGCGACUUCACCAUUCAAACGAUCUGCAACGUCACGUAAACACCAACAAGCUCGGCCGAUUCAAACUAGACGCCAACAUCCCACUGCUCAGACCAAAAAACAAAGAGUGCAUAGCCGAUCUAACUCGUCUAAGCCAAGAACUGAAGUUACGUCUUCAAAUCCUCCGGAACAUGGUCUUCUACCUCGAUCUUGUUUCUUGCAGUGGAGGUUACAACUUUCAUCACAUGUGCUUUGUAGUCGUGUGGAGGUCGUCUUGUCUCUAGCAUGCGGAGAUUGUAUCAAUAGAAAACGGCCAUUCGAUCGUGGACGAGGUUCAAGAACCUUGAGGACAAGGUUCUUUGGAGGGUGAAGUAUUGAUAAGAUCAUAACCAGAUUAAACCAGUGUCAAUUUAGCCAAAGAGGAUAUAGAGAAGUGGCCUAGUGGCGUAGUGGCGUAGUGUCUCCCACUUACUUGUUCAAUACGUUAGUUGGCAGUUAUGUGGUUAUUGUGUCCGUGUAUUAAAGAAACGUGAGUCUUAGUGAAUGAGAUAAAGAGAAAA